AUGUUACCAAAAUUUUGGCGGGAACUUUUGUUUAAUAAGCAAAAUUCAAAUAUAGCGAAAACACAAACCCUAGUAGCCUCCUCAUUCACUACUUUUCUCUCUAAAACCCUCUUUCUCUCCUUUUCCUCUGUUUUGUUCUUCUUAAUCUCAAAUCCUUCCUUUCAGGGUUUGAGAUUAAUUUUCAAUCUCCAAUUUUUCCUCAUGUUGAAUUGA